UGCCUUCCCCUUCAUUUUUUUGGGGGUCAGUGUAUCACACACACACACACACACAUAUAUAUAUAUAUGCAUAUAUAAAGUCAGUCUUAACCCCUCAAAAAGGGUAUAUUUGAAGAUGGGUCUUCUGGGUUUUCUUCAAUUUUCACUCAAAUAUGGCUUAACGUAUCUUGCUUGGCCUAUCGUUGCCCUGGUCUAUCCACUAUGUGCUUCUAUUAGGGCCAUUGAGGCCAAUUCUGUUUUGGAGACUCAAAAGUUGAACACUUAUUGGGUUGUAUUCUCUCUGAUUUUGCUUCUUGAACACGCUUUAAAGCUCCUUGAAUGGUUUCCACUCUGGCCUUACAUUAGGCUAAUUACUGUCUUCUCGCUGGUGAUGCCUUAUUUCGAUGGCGCUUUUCAUGUUUAUAAACACGUUAUAUGCCCAUGCCUUUCAGUGGAUUACCAGAUUAUUUUAAACUGGUUUUCCCAACAGAAGCAGACAUCAGUUGACAAAGAGAGAGUUUUAACUGAAGUGGAGAAAUAUAUAAGGGAAAAUGGAACAGAUGCUCUGGAAAAAAUCAUUGCUAGCAAGUUGGGUAGCGGUAGCACAAAGAGCCCCGAGGUCAAGGAGAUCAAAGCCGUUUCAGUUGUAGAUGACAAAUUGGUUGAACAUUCAAGCUCUGAUGGGCCUAAUUCGACAAGAAAAGAUGUCAAUGGUGUGAAGUUAGCUGAGAAGAAAGAAGUUAAAGAACCUGUUCAGGUUAGUCGUGUAGAGACUAAACUCGCCGAGGUAACUGAGAAGAGAGCAAUCUUAACCACGGAGACUAAACAAACAGUUCCUGAAGUCACAGCAGGAAGUGCACAGAUUCCUCUUCCUCCUAAAAUAUUUCAGAAAGAGUGGAAGUGCGCAUUGUGUAAUGUGACACUUCAAAGUGAAAGUACCUUCUUUUCCCACCUUCAAGGUAGAAAGCACAAGGAUAUGGGAGAGGCAACUAAAGCCAACAAGAGCCAGCCAAAGGUCAUCACAGCUUAUGUUGCAAAGAAAUCCAAUCAGCUGACUGAGGGGGAGCCACAAAGCAGCGCGAAGAACCAAUUAGAGUCUCCCAAGGUUGUCUUUUCUUUUGCUCAAAAGCAAUCCAAUGAGGUGGGAAAACCAGCUGAGUGGACCAAUGGAUGGGAACCAAUAGUUGUUAGACAUGACAUGUCAAAGGGCAUCCAGAAGACUAACAAUGUUGUGGUUGCAUCAUCGAGUAUAAAGACUGCCAUGGCUCCCGUCGUUAAGCCUAAGGAUUACCCUCGACUCUGCCAUGUUUGUAAUGUGAGGUGCUCUGGUAAGAUUGACUUGGAGUCUCAUCUGAAAGGGAGAAAGCAUUUGACCCAACUUCAGUUGUUGAAUUCAUGAGAGUAAUAGGUUGGAGGCAAGUAACUUAGCAAGUCUUUCACCACCAAAAAAAUGAACAAAGAACAAAGAGAGUAAAAUGUAUUACAACUUUGGUGACGAUGGAAGUGAUUGGCCCCUGUUUCGGUUCUCGGUGAAAAUUUGACGAGUUUGUAAGGUGUUAAAUAAAAGACCCUAUAAGGAACUGUUUUCAAUCUUUGAAUAUGAAUCUCACAUUUUAUCUUUCACUUUUA